AUGCUGGCCGACAGGUCGGCAGCCCCAGCCUGUGCGGUCGUGUUGACGCGGCCCUGGAAGGACGCCAAGGCGAAGUACCCGAAGAAGGCUGGCGAGACGGUCAAGGCGUACGAUGCCCGCCUGCGGAGCCUCGUGCCGACGCUGCGCGCAGCGGCCGAUGGCCUAGUCGGCGCGGCCGAGGCCCCUCCGAGCCCCCCUCCAGGCGAGGACUCGUUCACCACUUCGGACUUCCAUGACUGGCAGCGCGUGGUCACGGUCGGCUUUGGGUCGAGCCUCACUGCCGUGGACUUGUCGGUCACGCUGCUGGGCCUUACCAUCACGGACCCUGGGGGUCUGGGCGCCUUCGCUAGGGAGUUCACGAUGCGUACGUCCACAAGGCGAUGGAUUCGCAGCCGAUGCGGAGUGGCCAGGUCCGUCAUGGUGGAGUGCUGGCUUUACAUGGAGGUGCUCGGCCUGAACCGCAUGUACUGCGGGCGGGCGACCGCCACCUGGCAGCACGAGGGGUCCCUCACGCUGGCGCAGCGGCAGGCCAUGGCGCACCUCCUGUCGCGGGCCGAGGUCUUUGCGGAGGACCCCUUCGCGAGCGUGGAGGUGCCCGCGCUGUCGUCCGCCCUCCAGCACGCGGCCAUCGACUACAGCGGGCAGCCCACGGUCAAGGCACUCCCGUGCGUGCUCGCGGAGCUGAAGCCGGGCCUGCCGCAGCCCGAGCACGCAGGCGCCUUGGACGCGUGCGAGUUCGUGGAUGCGGACAUCGGCGCCUGGCUGAACGACCCCUCGGUGGCGCUGAAGCCCGAGGCCGAGUGGCCCAACCCGCUCCCGAGGGCGCGGGUCAACGUCAUCUCUGACAGCGACUGGGAGGCCCUCGCGGUGCACUUGGUGAAGUUGGGCAUCUUUACGGUGCUUGAGCCGCAUGAGGUGUUCCAGGUGCGGGGCGCUCCGCUCCUCAACGGCCUCUUCGCAGUCGAGAAGAAGGGAGCGCCUGGGCCAGGGGCCGAGCGGGUCACCAGGCUCAUCCUCAACAUGGUCCCAGGCAACUCGCUCCUCAAGCCGUUCGUCGGUGAGGCGUCUACACUCGCGGCGUCGACGGGGUGGACGACCCUUCACCUGCCCGAGGGCUCCCUGCUGCUGUGGUCUGGCGAUGACCAGAAGGGGGCCUUCUUUGUGUGGCGGAUCCCGCGCUGCUGGCAUGCUCACAUGGCGGUGGGCAAGGCGCUGCGCGGCGACCUGUUUGGGCGCGCGGGGCCGCGGGUCUUCGUCGCCUCAGCUGUCAUCUCGAUGGGUUGGAUGCUCGCCGUGCCGCUGUUCCAGCACAUACAUCGGCGAUUGUGUCGGCUUCCGCCCCCGCUUGGAGCGGGCCUACCGCCAGAGGCAGAGUGGCGGAAGGACACGGUGCGGCCGCUCGCUUUUGCUAAGCAGGGUCCCGUCCUUGCAUCUUGGUGGCAGGUAUACAUCGACGACUUCGACGCCCCCGAGAUCAUCGAGGAGGCCGCGGCGCUAGAGCUUCUUGGUAGCCAGGCAGAGUUGCAGGCCGCGGCCCGUGCCAGCUACGGGCGUGCGCACGUGGCGAUCUCCUCCGACAAGGCGCACCUCCGCCAGCUUCGCGUUGAGAGGAUGGGGGCUUCCGUUGACGGCGUCACGGGGCGGAUCGGGGCCCCCCUCAGCAAGGCGUUGUCCGCCUGCGGUCUCGCCAUCGCGACGCUCGGCCUGGACUUGGUCCCGUGGAGGCUGGCCAUGACUGUGCUCGGCCGCCUUGUCAGGGUUUUCGAGUUCCGACGGCCCUUGCUCAGCAUCUUGAAUGCAGUGUGGAGGCUUUCAGAGCCGCGGGCGCAGGUCUACCUGACGCGGGAGAUGAGGGAGGAGCUGAUGACGGCGCUCCUCGUGGUCCCGCUCGCCGCUACUUCGUUGAGGAGCCGCCUCGAAGGGAUGGCGUCGUGUUCAGACGCGUCCGAGUUCGGGGGCGGAGUCUGCGUGUCGACGGGCCUCCAUGAGCAGGCGGAGGCGACCAUCCUCGCCGCCGGCGAGCCUGGCGCUCAGCUGGGCGCGGGGGCGAGGGUCCUCGGCCUGCCAGUCGAUCCGCGGGCGCCCUGGACUCGCAGCAAUCCGCGGAUCCCACGGGCCAUCGUCGCCCGAGUCCUCAGGGUCCUCUGCAUCGGGCUGUUCGACGGCAUCGGCGGGUUGGCGGUCGCGCUCUCGCGCCUGCCCGUGCGCAUCGUCGGGUACGUGAGCGCCGAGACGGACGCCAAGGCCAGGAGGGUCGUACGGCUCAGGUGGCCAGGCGCCAUCGACUGGGGGGACGUCAGGACCGUGACCGCCCAGACGGUGGAGGAUUUGAGGAUCGCCUACCAGUCCGAGGUCGACCUUGUGGUCGCGGGCGCAGGCAGCCCGUGCCAGGGGCUCACGGGGCUAAACGCUGCUGGGCGAGGCCUGGCCGACCCGAAGUCUUCGGUCUUCUUCGAGGUGCCGCGCAUCUUCGGGCUGCUGUCAGACGCUUUCGGGGCGAGUUUCAGGUGGUUCGUGGAGAACGUCGCGGGCAUGACGUCCAGCAGCCUGCGUGGCAUGAGCCAGGCCCUCGGCGUCAAGCCCGUGUUUCUGUGUACCUCGGCCCUGGUGCCCUGCAGGAGGCCGCGGCUGUAUUGGCUGAGCUGGAGCGUCCGCCCGACCCCGCCGCUGGUCCUCCAGGAGCGCGAGGAUAUGUUCGUCGUCAGCUGCAGUGAGCCGCCCCUGUUGAAUUUCGAUUGGCGGGAUCCUGGCGCGCGCUGGCUGGGCGAGCCUGGGCCUUACCCCACCCUCGUGUGCAGCAGGCCUCAGCGAGGCUACCCUUCAGCGCCGCGCGGGGUGAAGAGUGCUUCGCCCGAGGCGCUCGCUCGCUGGCAGUCGGAUUCGUAUCGCUACCAUGUUGCGCUCUACGAAGAGAAAAACCUCUUGCAGGACAGCGACGGAUCCUUGCGAGUCCCUUCGAGCUCCGAGCGGGAGAGGAUUAUGGGAUUCGACGUGCGUUACACGGCUGUAGCCACGAAGGGCUCGAACCAGCAGGAUAGCGACGACGCCAGGUCCUUCCUACUGGGCAACAGCUUCAAUGUGUUCUCGGUCGCUUGGCUGCUGCAGUCCCAGAGGUUCUUUAACCUUAAAAUUUAA